CAGUCCCGAUCUGGCCCCCUUUCUUCUUCUGGAAUAGACAGCAUCUGUUGUUGUACCUUGCCCUUGACAUGUCACAGGUGGCAUUUGCCUGCCUUCUUGGACCUCCUAGGUCAGCCCCCUGGGUCCCUCCUCCCACUCGGAGAUCCUGGUUGGGAACCAGGGUUUUGCCUGCUGCUGCCUCCGCCUGCUAGCCCAGUGGUGACGGUUGGCCUCGCUCGCGCUCUUCCCCACCUUGUUUUUGGACAGAUUGCCUUGGAUGAUGGCCUGCGUCUGACAGUCCCCUCAGCUCUUCUCAGCUCUCCUGAGGCUGCAGCUGUCAGCUCCCCUGAUCCUCAGCACUUGCCUAGAAAGGUCCAGCAUGCCUCGUGGCUGGCGCCGUGGGCUGGGCCCUCGUAAUCCCAUCUGGGCAGCAGCCAAUUACGCCAAUGCACACCCUCAGCAGCAGAUGGACCCAGCCUCUCCUGGGCUGGCAUACACCCCCCUUGUGGAUCCCUGGAUUGAGUGGCCCUGCUGCGGGGACCCUGUGUGUGUGCUCACGACCACGGAGCAGAAGAGCACAGCUAGUGGCACUCCCGGCGGUAAGCCCAAAGAAAGGGGUCCCCCGGCUGGGUGCAUGCCUGGCCCCUGGCCCCUCAGGGUGGACUUCCACUGAGUGCCAGGCUCAGAUCCAGGCACCUUUGAUGGCUCCUCAGGCACCUUUGAUGGCUCCCCGUGGCUGUUGGAUCACUUUUUGGCCUAGCUGGGUGAAUACAUGUCCUUCCACUUCGAGCACUAUCAGGACAACCUCAGCCGCGUCUAUGAGGUCCUUGAACGCCUGAUAGGCUGAGCCUGGACAUGGGCACCUCCCUACCUCGAUGGGGACCUGCCCCUGCCUGAUGAUUACAAGCUCUUCUGCCAGGAUCUUAAGGAAGUUACUCAAGACCCAAACAGUUUUGCUGAGUACCAUGCUGCAGUGUCCUACGCCUUGCCAGCCUCCAGCCAGCCACCAGUGGACCCACAGCUGCCUGUGGUGAGGCAAUGCUUAGCUCAGUUCUCAGAGGCUCUGGCUCUCAACAUGGGCCCUCCCCUCAGGCCUGUUGCAGCUGUUCUGGCCAGCCCUGCUGUUUCUAGGUCAAACUCUACAUCCAGAAAUGCUCUGCCCAAGCAGCAGCUGGCCAAGGAGAGCGCCCCUGCACCCGAGGGGGCCCCUGCCCUGUCCAGUUCUGCGUGUACCUCUGAUCCUGGUCCGGUGGGGCCGCCACCUCCUGUGCCUGCACUUUCAGAAUUUGCUAAGUCAGCUGCCAAGAAACUGGAACCAGUUCGCCCAGGGGGUCUAGAACCCCAGAAAACAGAGGAGGAGGUUUCUGAGACAGAGGGAGAACAGGAGGUGUCCUUGGCUACCCCACAGAGGAUGGUGGACACCCCCAAGAGACCAACCAGUUUCUCCUGUUCCCCACCCUGCAUCCCUGGGUUCUGA